AUGUCAGACCCUAUCACAGCCUCAAUAGAGAUCGGCAUCUCAGCCAUCAAGGCCGGUGCUGCGAUCGCGACUUGGUGGGAAGUGAGGCAGUCAAACAAACGCAAUGGGGGGCCAGGAGCCUCCAGUGGAACGGGAGCCUCGCUGGACGAGAUCUUCUUGGUCUUCUCCUCUUUGGGCCAGCGACUCAUGGCGCUAGAUGUCGUCAACUACGACGCAUUGCCGCAGGCCCUCGCAGCUGUCAAGGUGGCAGUGGAGACUUCCGAUGAUGAUCUUGCUUAUGAACUGGGUCGCCUCGAUCCGAUUCUGCAAUAUCUUGUUGCUUGCGCCUUCGUGUUCUGCGCCGCGUGUCAUCCCAUGUCCAUUUACUAUGGAUACGGCUGCGGAGUCAUGAACGACACAAGAUGGGCCAAUCCCGAGCACAGGUCGGCUUGGAACAUGGACAUCGAUCAAGCAAUUGCCUACUUGAAGAGCGUUCCACACCCCUGGAAAUUGCUCAAGAAGUCACCAUCUCAGAUCGGCAAGACCGAGCCCUUCUAUGAGCACGGACCUGUUCAAGCAGUUCGAGAAGCACGGGUAUCCUCAGCCACUACCCCCGAACGACACAUCAAAAUCGGCACUUGGGGGAUGCCAUUCGCAACCUAUGGCGGCACGUCUAUAUACGCAGACCACGGCCAUAACUUUUCAGCAGCAAUUGCUUGGCAACAAGACCCGGGCCGUUUCCUAUACGCCUGGACCGUUGGCGAGCACGCGGAUCUUCGACCUGGGGAGGCCAUUUUGCUGCCCGAGGAUCACAUCGCAGCCUUGGCAGUUUGGCUCGAGGGGCUGAACGGAAUCACAUUCAAGGUUCUCCUGGAUUCGGAGCUAGACUGGAGUAAAAUCAAGCUCAAGUCGUCGUCAAAGAAGCACCUGAUUGCACAUACUGGAAGCGAGCAUGGAAUUAGGAACGUGCCCGAUGUCAUUGUACGAAACCCCGACCCCACGGCGCUGUUGACCGCACAGCUUGACACUCUCCACAUGGUAUCGACAUCAGUACCAUUGAUAAAAGCCAAGGAAUCGCCAGUUGCUUCCGCAGGCCCAUCAUCGCCGUCUCCGAGCUCUUCGGAAGUGAUAUCUCCUCAGUCGCCCGGGGCAUACAUUCCGACGCCUACAUCUCCACUGUCGGUGAUUUCUCCACAAACAACGCAGGCAUCGACAGUCUCAGAGCCGAUAAAAAUUUACGGAGAAGACCAAAUGCCUCGUGCGGAGCCCUCCAUACUGUCAACGCCGACCAGUCCUCAUGUUCCUUCAUCACCUACAACCUGGGACCGACCCGCUCCCGUUCCUCUGUCCCCCCUUCCACCUGGCUGGGAGCAACGAUUCACUCCUGAUGGGCGUCCUUACUAUGUCAACCACACCACGCAAGCUACAACAUGGGACCGACCCGCUCCCGUUCCCCUCCCUCCCCUUCCACCUGGGUGGGAGCAAAUGUUGGCGCCGGACGGAAGGACUUACUAUGUCAACCACAACUUGCAGUCGACAACGUGGGAUCGACCACCUCCUGUAGACACACUGCCGCCUAAUUACCAGACAGUGGCCUCGAGACGGCCUGUUUCAUUGAGCACUGCGAGCUCGUCCUUCGGUAUGCCUCGCUCCGAUGGGGGUUCUUCUAUUACGAUGCAGUCGGAUUGUACCGUGGGCGUUUUCAGAUCCGAGCAAGGUAUUGGAAAGAUCCAGGACCGUCCCAAGCCUCCUCCACAAAAGCGACGAGAAUUGUGCAAUACCCGUUUGUACACUGGUCAGCGGAAAAUCGUCUGCUGGGUAGCAGAUAUGCCUGUCACACCUGACAUAUAUGAGCAACUCCCAUCUGAUCAAUACGAAUCUUCAUACAUCAGACACACUGCACUGGCAGGCGAGGCCUCGGACCUGCCAAAGCUGGACUACGCUCUUCGCCAAACCGGUCGUACCGAGCUUGUCAUCGGGGUGAAUUUGUAUAGCGAGUCAAGUUACACACGCGAGGUUUUGAACAGCCAACUGACGACGACUCUUGGAAGCGUCAUGGAGGAACUUACAACAUACUCGUUUUCGGGUGAUUUCAACGACAGAUGCAACGGCUCUCCGCUGACGGGCAUUGUCGUCUGUAUCCUGGUGCAUCAAGAUCGGAUGAAAGAAAUCCCCUGGCUGCGACAGAUGGGCAUCAGUUUCCUAUGGGAUCUGCCUUCUUCCGUGCCGAUAACUGACUCGAAGAAGGGGAACGCCAAGUUCUACGAUGAUGCUCAUAAAGCCACCCGCAAGAUUCUCGGCAAGGAGGUCAAGGUGGUUCUAAAUGAGUGCGCAACUACAUUUCGCUUACAGAACUGGCGAGACAGCAAGGCGCUCAUACCCGACAUCGUAUCAGGAGGAGACCCAGUUCAACUGUUGCUGUGCUCGACUUAUCGUCCUUGGACACUAGGAUCAAAGGAGUAUUUAAAGCAAAUUACUCGGGUGCUAGAUGCCCGAUUAUGUAUUGAUGUCAACGGGGGAACAACAGUCACUGGUGGGUCAAUCGAGAAGCAGUGGCAGCUGUCCAGGAACAGGAGGAAACCAAGCGAGUCCGGGAAUGAUGUUUUUGUUGAGGAGUACCUAGGAUAGUUGAGAUAGUGAUUGUGGUUCGCCAUCAGUAAGCAAUGCGACAUUGCCUCCUAGAUCUAGGAAAGGCAUUGGCCUGCUCGGACUCAACUUGUCUCCUCUGUUACAAUUGGCGAUGAUCUUUUCCGCCUCUCACAUGUGUCCUGCACUAAGUGCACCCCGAGUGACAAACAUACAUCUUUGUCCGAGCAAAAAUAUAGCUACGCGCGAAUAGAAAGCUCAGGAUCGGAUGAUCAGGUACACACCAGCAAAUCGGAUGGUCGAAUUGACGCAUUAUGCAGAUGGAAGAGAAUUGACGCCACCACCCUAGGCCGAUGACAACCACGCUUCCCACCACAAAGGGAAACGCAGGCUACAUCAGCUAACGGCAAGUCAUACCCACAAUGACCAUCUACAUUUCCUUCCAGCUGCUUCCGUCAUAGCCAAAAACCCUGCUC